UCGAAGGAGGGGCGUGGGCGAACCGCAAAGACUUUUUUGCCUGUCCACCUGGGUGUAAUUGCUCCCUCAUAAGCAAAGGCACCUUUCGUCUUGCCCCUCUCUCGUAUCUAUCUUUCCUCUCUGUCCUCACAAUACGAAAGCCGAAGAUACCUGCAAGCCUAACUACCAUUUGCCCUUGUAUCCGUCUUUGCUCUAUCCCUUCUACCACCUCGUAUCAUAUUGUAUCGUUGUACCUUUCCAUAUCCGUGUAAACGCAUCCACCCCCCCCCCCCCCACGAUGAGGCUGAUUAUCCGCGACGAUGCCGAGGCCGCCAGCGCCUACGUAGCCAACUACGUCGUUGACCGCAUCAAGCACUUCAACCCUACCCCGGCGCAUCCCUUCGUGCUUGGCUUGCCCACGGGAAGCAGCCCUCUCGGUGUAUACAAGAUCCUUGUUCAGAAGUACAAGGCUGGAGAGAUCUCCUUUGAAAAUGUCAUCACCUUCAACAUGGACGAAUACGUCGGCAUCCCCCGCGACCACCCAGAAUCAUACCACUCCUUCAUGUGGAAGCACCUCUUCUCCCACGUAAACAUCCACCCCCAAAACGUAAACAUCCUCAACGGCCAAAACCCGAACCUCGAAGCAGAGUGCGUCGCCUACGAGUCCAAGAUCAAGGCCGUCGGCGGCAUCGACCUCUUCCUCGCGGGCAUCGGCGAGGAUGGGCACAUCGCCUUCAAUGAACCGGGAUCCUCCCUCGCCUCCCGCACCCGCGUCAAGACGCUCGCCUACGACACCAUCCUCGCCAACUCGCGCUUCUUUGGUAACGACGUCGACCAGGUCCCGCGCCUCGCGCUCACCGUCGGCGUCCAGACCGUGCUUGAGGCGCGCGAGGUCGUGGCGAUUAUCUUGGGUGCGAAGAAGGCUCUUGCGCUGCAGAGGUGUAUCGAGCAGGGCGUGAACCACAUGUGGACGCUGUCGAGCUUGCAACUACACCCUCACCCCAUGAUUGUCGUCGACGAGGAUGCGACGCUUGAGCUGCAAGUCAAGACGGUCAAGUACUUCAAAUCCAUCGAAAAAGUAGCCCGCGAACAAGGCUUCGAACAAAUCCUCCCCUCCAAAAUCCGCACCGGCCCAUCCCCUCCCCCGAUCCCAAUCACCCGCAUCGACGAGGUCGACACACCCACCAUCCUCCACCCGCAGCCCACAACCUCGCGCCUGCUCCGCGCCUCCCCGGCGACGGAGUACCCCGUCCGCUCGCGCUCCACCUCUCCGGACAUCGAGCUCGUCUUCGAGAGCAUGGCCUCCCGCACAAAGACCCCCUCGGAGCAGCAGCUGCGCGCCGUGACGCCCGACCUCGUCACGGACAGGAUGGCGGAGCGGAUCCCGGGGGUUCCUGCUGCGGUUACGGGGCGGUUGACGCCGAACCCGGAGAAGCAGCAGACGUCAACGUCGAUUAGUAGGUCUGCUACGCCGGAACUGGUUCCUGAUCGUAUGGCGUCGAGGAUCCCUGAGCCUGCGCUCGCGAGGCGGUUGACGCCGAAUCCGGAGCAGCAGAUGAUGUCGCGGGUCAACGCCGUCGGUGCUUGAGAAAGACGAAGACCAGCUUUUCUUCUUUCUUUCUUCGUUUAUUCUUUCUUUUCUUUUCCAUUCAAUCCGAGAUUGUUGUAAGCAUAUUGACCUUUUUUUUUACACUCGUUAGAUGCCAGGUGUUCAUUGAAAGACGCAUCG